CUCAAGCAUAUACGGGGUGCAUUGGUGAAACAUAAGACACUAAAAGUGAAUACCGCGUUUAAUGGGGAGUUUGUAGCGGGUGAUAAACGCUCGAACAAGACUAUCAGCACAAAGAACUGUGAAAUCCUUGGCGAGAUCAAUCUCGAAGAGUGGUACGAGCAACGCGUCGUCGAACCCACCCUAGCAUCGCUGGAAGAAUUUCAAGAACGGGAUAGCGGAUGAGCGCUGUCGCAUAUACUCAAUUUAAUUGUUAACGUGAAUAAAUAUAUGCCGCUGCAUGCUGGAUGUAUCAUACAAUUACCACGAGAAAUACGACUAAAGAGAGCUGUAAUCAACGUAUGCUCGAACGACAAUGCAAGUUUCGCGUGGUCAGUGGUGGCUGCUCUGCAUCCAGCCGAAAAUCACGUAUAUCGGACAUCGGCAUAUCCUCAUUAUUCAACGGUGUUGAAUAUCCAGUAUAUCGAAUUUCCAAUGACAUUGAACCAAAUUAAAAAGUUUGAACACGCCAACAGCAUCUCCAUCAACGUCUACUCCACUGAAGAGAAGAAGGUUCUACCGAUACGGCUCGCCACACGGAAGAUGGAGAGACAUGUCAAUUUGCUGUACUUAGAAGGAGCAAACGGCGUGGGACAUUUCGCGUGGAUCAAAAACUUGUCCCGCCUCGUGAGCUCACAAUUGAGUAAACAUAAACGCAGAAAAUACUUUUGCGAUAGAUGCUUGCACUACUUUAGUUCGAGUGAGAAGCUGGAUCUCACACCGUAGAUUGCGAGAAGAUGAACGAAUG